AUGGAUUUGUUCCUGGUCCUUUUUGGGCAAAGUUUCUCUUGAAAGCUUUUUUCUUUGUCUUCCCGCGCUUUCUCUUUGACGCAAGUAAUUUUUCUUACUUUUUUCUCAAAUUUCAAGCCAUUCUUUUAAGCCUACUCCUUAAGCCUGAGCCAUUAGGAAAAAGCACAUUCUGAGGUUCGAAAAUUGUCUUCAUUUCUGGAAAUCACUCCUCACUCUUUUUCUCAAAGUUAUUUCAAGCAAUGUUUGGGAAAUUCUUGUUUUAUUUUCAAAAUUUUCAGGGAACCUCAAUGGAAACAUCGCACAGAGAACGCCUGGACACCGGAUGUACAAAAGAUAGCAGAGUCAGUUUUUUUUUUGAAGCCAAUUUAUUUUGAUACGGUUUUCAGGACUCUGGAAUUGAUAUGCGAAGAAGAAGGGUCAAAAAAGAAAGAACCGUUUUUUUCGACAAAGCCCCCGAAAGUUCCUAAGUCAGUUCGAAGACAGGUUGAAGUAGGUUUUCUCUAUCUUCUUACUUUCCUAUUCCUCGAAAUAUAGAAAAAAUGCCAUUUUUCUCAGAAAUAUCCAAAACGAGUAACGCUAAUCAUACAUUUUGUUUGUACCUGGCUUGAUACUAAAAAGGUCACUAAACCUUUUUGGAUGGGGGGGUCUUUUACGUUUCAAAUCGAAAAUCAAAAAACCUCUCAAGCUUCAGAGGCGUAGGGACCAGAUUUUAAACUAUUCUUUAAACCAUCUAAACUUCAGCCUCCUAGAGAGCAUUUUUCUGUCCAAUAUAGAAACUUUCUCUUGCCCCCUUUAUCACAAGUAAAUAUUUGAUUACAGUUUCAAAUCGAUACCUUCCUAUGGUUCUUGGCCUUCUGUCUCACCGUUUGGUUUUUCCGGCUCCCUUUAUCCAUCUGGUUCAGUCCCAAAGUUGAUUGGUGAGUGAGAAAUCGCAGCGUCUCAUCUUAAAAUCAUCUUUCAGGACUUUUGUGAAUCUCAGCCUUUUGGCUUACUUCAUCUGGCUAUGUUCUGGAGCCUACAUGCUGGCCAGGAAUCGGACCACUCGAUUUUGGUACAAGAAAAAUCCGUCAUUGUUCUACACGGCUUGGGCGUCUUUUGCCGUCGGCAUGGCCUUGUAAGCUGAAUUUGAAUUUUUUUUUUGGACAAAAAUAGGCGGAGAAAACGGGUUUUUGUGGAAUUAAGAUGAGGUCGUGAAUUUGCAUAAUUCAGAAAACUGUCAUGAAAAAAAUUGCGUUCUUUUUAACUUCUCAAAAUGAUAAACGCCACUUCAAGGAAAAAAAAAUUUAAAAGAGUCUUCACACUACCAAAAAAUUAUUUCAGCAUUUUUUUGUCAGCCCUGUUUUUAAGAUUGAGUAGAAUUAUGCUUUUCUGGGCGGUGCCCUGGUGAUUCUGAAAAAAUUUAAAAGUUUGCUAUAAAUCUUAUCAGAUGCUUCAAAUCACCAAAAAUCUUGAAGAUCGAAACAUAAAAAAUUUCAGAUUCUCCCUCGGUACUUGGAAUCUUUUUGGAUGGUGGUCGAUCUACAUCGCCGUCGUCACAUUUGCUUUUUUCUUCUCUUUUACCUCAAUUAUUUGA